ACUCGACUCGUUUGCAGUCUCAGGGGUUUUUCUCAAAUUUGACGCGGUCGGGUAUAUGCUGGCCCAGUCUUUUUUUGCCGGCCUAAUAAAAUUAGGGUUGCUGGGUUUUAGAACUGAAGGGUUUUGCAGAGAUAAACGCCACCUCCACUGCUUCUACUCAUUUUCCCGCCCCGCUCCGUCGUCCAUCGAUUCCGGCUGGCUGCUCUGUAUCUUCUCUUCCAUCUCCUCUCUGGUAGUAGCUAAUGGGGGUUUCUAUUCCUCCUAAAGAGGCUGACCGCCUCAAGAACAUUGUCGACGAGAAUGGCGGCAGUAGUGAUGAAUUUGACAGUGAAGGAGAAGCAAGCGAAGGGUCAGAGGUAAGUGAAGUAGCUACUGAAGAGGAUGGUGGUUCUUCGGGCGAUGAGGAUGCCAGUACCAGCGAUGGUAGUGGAUUGGUUGAUGAUGAAGAUGAAAACGAAGGCUCUGAAGAAGGGGCUGACGCGAAUGGUUCUUCUUCUGAUGACGAGAAGGCCUCUGCAAGCGUUGAUGAUGGACUGGAAAGUGGAGAAGGAAGUGGAGACUCCGACUCUGAACGCAGUGAAGUCGCUGAAGAGAGUGAUUCUUCGGAGGAUGAGGUAGCUCCCCGAAAUACUAUUGGAGAUGUUCCCUUGGAGUGGUACAAGGAUGAGCAACAUAUUGGAUAUGACAUUAAAGGGAAGAAGAUAACUAAAAAGGAAAGACAAGACAAAUUGGACUCAUUCCUUGCUAGUGUUGAUGACUCAAAAAAUUGGCGUAAGAUUUAUGACGACUACAAUGACGAGGAUGUGGAACUGACCAAGGCAGAAGCAAAAAUGAUCAGUAGAUUGCUCAAUGGGAAGGCACCACAUGCCGAUUUUGAUCCAUAUGCACCGUAUGUUGACUGGUUCAAAUGGGAUGAUGCUAUACAUCCGUUGUCAAAUGCACCAGAGCCAAAGAGAAGGUUCAUUCCCUCAAAAUGGGAAGCUAAGAAGGUUGUCAAAUAUGUCAGGGCUAUUCGUAAAGGGUUGAUAAAGUUUGAGAAGCCAAAAGAAGAACCGCGUUUCUACAUGUUGUGGGGGGAUGAUUCAGGUGCUGCAGAUAAGACUAACCAUUUGUCUUACAUACCUGCCCCAAAGCCAAAGUUACCAGGCCAUGAGGAAUCCUACAAUCCUUCUUUAGAGUACAUUCCAACGCAGGAGGAAAUUAAUUCUUAUCAGCUUAUGUAUGAAGAAGACAGACCUAAAUUUAUACCUAAAAGAUUCACGUCUAUGAGAAGCAUUCCAGCGUAUGAGGAUGCUGUAAAAGACUCGUUUGAGCGCUGUUUGGACUUAUAUCUCUGCCCUAGAGUCCGAAAGAAACGUAUUAAUAUAGAUCCCGAGUCUUUGAAACCUAAGCUUCCUAGUCGAAAGGAUCUGAAGCCUUACCCAUCCACGUGCUACAUGGAGUAUAUAGGUCAUAAGGGUCCUGUUGUGUCGAUUUCAACUGAAUUUUCAGGAGAAUGGAUUGCAUCAGGUUCUACGGAUGGGACUGUACGGAUUUGGGAGGUUGAGUCUGGUAGAUGCCGCAAAGUCUGGGAGUUUGAUGAAGCUGUGCAGUAUGUAGCAUGGAAUCCGAUGCCUGAGUUUCCUAUAUUGGCAAUCUCUGUGGGGCAGGAUGCAUAUCUCUUGAACACUGGUCUAGGAAAUGAAGAGACACAAAGAAAAGUCGGGGAACUUCUGCAUGUUGAGGCAGCUAAAGUCUCGGAUGAUUCGAGUUAAUAAUUCGAUAUGUAGCUGGAGCCAAGAUGAUGAACAUGGAGGAAUCAGGUUGAGACAUGCAAAGACCGUAUCUUCUGUGGAAUGGCAUCGGAAAGGGGACUAUUUCUCAACUAUAAUGCCAGCAGGUGAAUCGAAAUCAGUUAUGAUACACCAGCUCUCAAAGAAGCUUACACAAAGGCUACCAUUUAAGCUGAAAGGAAUUGCAGUGUCAUCAGUGUUUCAUCCUACGCGUUCCAUAUUCUUCGCUGUCACAAAGAAGAAUGUAAGAGUAUAUGAUCUGCUGAAGCAGAAAUUGAUUAAGAAGCUUGAGACUGGUCUCCGUGAAGUCUCAUCUAUUGCAAUUCAUCCUGGUGGUGAUAAUGUGAUUUUAGGAAGCAGAGAAGGAAAGCUAUGUUGGUUUGACAUGGACCUGUCAUCUAAACCUUACAAGAUUCUCAAGUCUCAUUCAAAGGACGUUACGAAUGUUGCAUUCCAUCGUUCGUACCCACUAUUUGCAUCAUCUUCUGAUGAUGGCACUGCAUAUGUCUUCCAUGGGAUGGUGUACUCGGAUCUUAAUCAGAAUCCUCUGAUUGUUCCAUUGGAAAUUCUUCGUGGGCAUACAACCUUUAAUGGAAGAGGAGUAAUGGAUUGCAAAUUCCAUCCACGACAACCUUGGCUGUUCACUGCCGGUGCCGAUUCAUCGAUCAAGUUGUAUUGCCAUAAUUAGGUGCUGCUGUUGUGGAAGAAAUCAUCACAAGGGCAGAAGCUGUGUAUUUGAGAGUCCCUACGGAUUCCAGUUCCUGAUGAGUAGGCUCCAGGUCAAACAAUUUUUGUUAAUGGAUUGCAAAUUUCAUCCUCUGCCAGAGCUGGAGUGCACCCUAUUCUUUCUCCUUAGGGUUGUCACUAACUAUGGAGAAUUGUAUUUUGAUCUAGAUGCUUUCACGCAUGGAUCUAUAGUUUUGUUGUCUUUCAUAUUGUCCCCUGGAAAUUCAGUCAAAAUGGACAUCAGAGCUGUAAGUGUGCCUGUGGCUGUAUAUGUAUCAAAACGAAGCAGAAUUUGCAAGGAGAAAUAGGCCUAAUUUUCUUGUUGCAUCAUUGGGAACAUGAAGAUGAGAAAACAGAACCAAACAACAAUUGCAACAUACAUAAGAAAACCC